GCGCUGUUCGUUGCCGAACUGGCAGAGGCAGAGGCGAAGGUAGCCGAGAAGAACAAGCAGCUGGAGGCGCUGCGGCGGCCCAAUGUGACGUUGGAGCGCUUCGCUGGCAACGGUUGGAACAAGACGGCGGCGGCGCCUUCGCCAGUGUCGCGCCCGACCGAGGACGCGGGGGGUGCGACGCUGCUGGGCAUCAGGGGCGAGGGCGAGGGCGAGGGCGGGAACGUCGAGGGCAAGACGAACAAACGCAAGAUGGGCAAGGACACGAAGGACGAGAGCAACACUGACGCGGGCGAGACGGCCAGGGGCCAGGAGAAGACCGAGGUCGAGGGCCAGAAGGACGAGGUCGAGGUCGACGUCGAGCACGCUGCAGAGGAGGGGCUCCUCAGUGCACUACAGACGCAGAUCGCGGCCAUUGCGAGCGAG